AUGUCACUUAAGUUGCCACAAGCUCCCAAUAGCGGGCUUUUCAAACAAGGAUACCAAGCAUAUUCAAGUGCUGAUGGAGUGGUGAUCAGAAACAUUGAAGCCGUGAGAGAGAUCACUCUGAUGGUUCAAACAUCCUUUGGCCCAUGUGGUAGACAAAAGAUUGUUGUGAAUAAGAUGGGCAGAGUUUUCAUUACCAGUGAUGCCGCCACUAUUCUUGAACAAUUGGAGAUCAUUCACCCGGCCGUGAAGAUUUUAGUUGGGGCCACUAAACAACAAGAGUUUGAAAUGGGUGAUGGGACCAACUUUGUUAUGGUGUUGGCAGGUGAACUUUUGAAUGUUGCUGAAAAGUUGAUAUCUUUGGGGUUAAACGUUAGUGAGAUCAUCCAGGGGUAUACCAUGGCGGUUAAAUAUACGUUGAGUCAAUUGAAUGAUUUAAUUGUUGAUACUUCUACAGAUUUAUCACUGUUUGAACAAUUACGUAAAGUUAUUAAGCCCGUGGUUGCCUCUAAGCAAUAUGGCUCUGAAGAUAUUAUUUCCAAGUUGGUAGUUGAAGCUGUCCAGAUUGUAUUGAACCCCAAUAGACCUCAAAACUUCAAUGUUGAUUCCAUUAGAGUCGUCAAGAUCAUGGGGGCUUCAUUGCCAACCUCCGAGGUCAUCAAGGGUAUGGUAUUCCCCCGUGAACCGGAAACAACCGUUAAAAACAUCAAUACCAAAUCUAAAGUGGUGGUCUUCACUUGUCCUAUUGACAUUUCAACCACCGAAACUAAGGGGACCGUGUUGUUACAUAAUGCUCAAGAGAUGUUAGACUUUACCAAAGGUGAAGAACAACAAUUGGAUCAAAUGUGUAAAGAGAUCAAUGAUUCCGGAGUGAAGGUUGUUGUUGCUGGAUCAUCUGUUGGAGAUUUGGCAUUACAUUAUUUCAAUAAAUACGAUAUCUUGGUGUUGAAAGUACCAAGUAAGUUUGACUUGAGAAGAAUAUGUCAAGUUUGUGGAGCCACACCUUUACCAAGAUUAGGAGCGCCAAUGCCUGAAGAAGUUGGUUCUAUUGCUGUGAUUGAAACCAAGGAAAUUGGGGGGGAUAGAGUCACUAUUUUCAGACAAGAUGAAGAUUCUAUUUCAAGAACUGCCACCAUUGUUUUAAGAGGUGCAACUCAAAAUACUCUUGAUGAUAUUGAAAGAAGUAUUGAUGAUGGUGUUAACUCCAUCAAGGGGUUAAUCAAAGAUGAUAAACUUUUACCCGGAGCAGGUGCCAUAGAAAUGGAAUUGAUCAAACAAUUGACUCAAUAUGGUGAAAAGACUUCUGGUUUAAUGCAAUUACCAAUUAAACAUUUUGCUAAAGCAUUUGAAGUUAUACCUCGUUUAUUAGCAGAAACUGCUGGUUUAGAUUCCACUGAAGCCUUAAGUAAACUUUAUGCUGCUCAUUCCGAUAUUAACGGGAAGUGUCUUGGUAUUAAUAUUGAAGGUGAUGGGUUGGUUGAUAUUAAACAAGAAGGAAUCUAUGAUUUGUUGUCUUCAAAGAGUAAUGCCAUUGCAUUGGCUGUCGAAGCAACCACCACCAUUCUUUCAGUUGAUCAAAUCAUUAUGGCCAAGAGAGCUGGUGGUCCAGUCAUUCCUAAACAACCAAGAGCCGGUAACUGGGAUCAAGAUGAUUAA